AAGCUGUAAGCUAAAGUACAGUGCCACUCGCCCCUUGUGUAGUGUUCCCAGCUCCUGAAGCCACCGCUAGUUGCAAAACCCACGCCGCGGGCGGGGUGUUUCAAUCUCUCUCUACAUUCACCUCAUCUCAUCUCAUCUCAUCAGAAACUGCUCUCAAAUCUCUUCCAUAGUUUUCUCUCUCCUAUUUCUCUGACUCUGGUUUGUUGAGAUUCAGCCAUGAGAUCAUAUUCAUCCUUCGUUUUCCUCACUUUCUUAACCUUGUUCCUCACUUGCCUUCUCCGAUUCCAAGCCAAUGCUGCUCCUGCAGGACCCUUGAUGAAACACUUGAACUCUCUUCUCAAAUUGACGAGGUCUUCCUCCAAAAUACCCCAUUCAGAUGGAAAUGUUCUUCAAUUUGAGGAUGGGUACCAUGUUGAAACUGUUGUGGAGGGGAAUGGGCUUGGAGUUGUGCCCUACAAAAUUCGCGUCUCAGAAGAUGGUGAAUUAUAUGCUGUCGAUUCAGUUAAUAGCAACAUUGUCCGGAUUACUCCGCCCUUGUCCCAAUAUAGCAGGGCAAGAUUGGUUGCUGGUUCAUUCCAAGGUUACACGGGCCAUGUAGACGGAAAGCCAAGUGAUGCUCGUUUCAAUCAUCCACAGGGUGUAACCAUGGAUGAUAAAGGAAACGUGUAUGUUGCUGAUACCUCGAACCUUGCCAUCAGGAAAAUAGGAGAAGGAGGCGUGACAACAAUUGCUGGCGGAAAGUCAAAUGUAGCAGGGUAUAGGGAUGGGCCAAGUGAGGAUGCCAAGUUCUCAACUGACUUUGAUGUGAUAUAUGUUCGCCCUACGUGUUCAUUACUAGUUGUUGAUAGAGGAAAUGCUGCUCUUCGUCAAAUCUCCCUUAACCAAGAGGAAUGCGAUUAUCAGUACAGCUCAAUUUCUCCCGCAGACGUACUUAUGGUCAUUGGUGCCGUCUUAGUAGGAUAUGCUUCAUGCAUGCUUCAACAGGGAUUUGGACCUUCUUGUUUCUACAAAGUGGUGCAGAAACAUCCAUCAGAAAGUGACUCUCAUGACCAACAGAGCAAGGAGAAAUCCACUCCUAUUGUUGAACCCAUCAAGGAGGAACAAGAAGCAGAGGGGUGGCCUUCUUUUGGAAGGCUCAUAAUUGAUCUAUCCAAGCUCACAAUUGAAGCAUUGGCUGGGAUCUUUCUCUACUUCAUCCCCCUUCGUUUCAACCGCAAGAUUUCCAAGACCGGUGGUCUCACUCCAAUGAAAGAUUCUCUGAAAAUGCCCGAAGAUGAGGCCGAGACCCCCUUGGUCCGAAAGCAAAGAACUCCCACUCCUCUCUCUGAAACCCGACAAGCCCAUACUCCCAAUAUUGGUGACAAGUAUUCAGAGAUGAAACCGCCUAACAUAAGAUCAGCCAGUUUCAAAGACCCUUCUCUGUCAAGCAAGCACAGAUCGUCAAAACGGCAAGAAUAUGCGGAAAUCUAUGGAUCAGGGGAGGUCCCACCUUACGGUCAACAUAAUAGGUCUAAGAGUCAGAAAGAAAGGACAAAGCAUCGACGGGAGAAAAGUGUAGAGACGGGUUUUGGAGCAGUAGGGAUGGAACAGAGACCUGUGGAGAUGAAGCCUGUGAAUUAUGACGAUCCGAAGUACGACCGUUACAAUAUGAGGAGCAAAUAUGGUGAUUCAUUCAAGUUUUGAUUACACCACGACUUCUUAAUACUCUCCCGGCUUUUGUUAUCCGAUGGAUUGUGAUGCAUGUUCCUUCUUCUUGUCUGUAGUUGAGCCAACCCCGGAGUCACGGACCGACUUUGUACACUGUAGCCUAACGAAGAUCAUUCAUGCUUGUGCCUAAAUUUGUAUGCUAGAUUCUGGUUAUGUUUAGCUUUACGCAGUGUCUUUUGUGCA